AUGGGUCGUAAAAACGCUUGCUCUAUCCUUACUUCUAAAAUGGUUCGAAGAGAGGGCGGAAAAUUCUGUGCCAAGUCUCCAAUUAUUACUAUUGAUACAGAAAAGGAAGCUGGAGAAAAGGAACCUGUUGAAAAUCAAAUUGUAGAAGAGUACGACUGGGAGCUCUUGGAUUUAGAUAUGGAUACAAUGAUUGCUGCAGAAGACUUGAGAUCAUCGAUUAUGCACAACAAGAGAAAAAUGAAAGAAGAGCUUGAGGCAAAUAAAGACAAGAAGGUCAGAACGCUUGCUGAUUUUGGUUUCUUGGUUCCUGUUGCACCAGUUUCGCCUGUAACAGAAGCAUUAACUGUAUACAAGCAAUCAAAAGAUGAGGAACUUGAAAAGAUUCGUGAAGCUUAUGAGAAAAUCUCUGAGAUGAUAAAGUCUCCAGUCAGUUCAGAUAGCGAGUUGGGCAAGUUUGCUUUGUUUGAAAAAAUCGAGGCAUCUGAAAAAGCAGCAGAGAUUUUUUGGACAACACCUUCCAAGUACCGUGGAGAGGCUGUCUGCAGUUGGGUCAAAGAAUUUCUUCAGUUUGGCAAAAUUUCUGAACAUCAACAGGGCAAGCAUGCCAAGCAGUCUUCAAUUGUAGACGAUGAAGACCUUAAAAAGAAAGUAAUUGUUUGGCUUCGUACUCAAAAAGCAGAAAGACGAACUGUUGUGGAUUUGAAAAAGUAUCUCAAUGAAAUGCUUUUUCCAUCAUGCCUUGGUAACAACCAGGACGUAUAUUAUGAUGGACAUGAAAGACAAGACCUUAUUCAGUAUUGCUAUGCUUGGGCAAUGCGAAUGAUAGGAUACAAACAAUGUCUGUCAGACUUUACUGGGGAAGAUGAAGAAAUUGAGAUGACCUCUCUUCUUUUGGAGAACCAGAAGAAGCUGGUUAUGGUGACCCAUGAUGAGUCCACCUUUUAUGCCCAUGAUGAAAAGGUGGACAUGUGGCUUGAGGAAGGUGAAAGCCACAUCCGCAAAAAAGGUCAGGGAAGAUCUCUGAUGUUCUCCCGAAUCUUCGUUCCUAAUCUAAAAUCUUCAAUUCUUCCUCUUAAAAACUUCUUCAACUUCAACCACCACAACAAUGGCACUAUGCGAGUGAAGGGAUGGGUCUCCUGCAGAAUAUUUAACGUUGGGGUAGCAUAUGGCAGUUACUGGACAAGCAAAGACAUGCUUGACCAGCUGAAGAACCAUGUUAUCCCUCUGUUCAAAAGCUUGCAUGAGGGGUGCACCGGUGUCUUUAUUUUCAACCAAAGCAGCAACCACAAAGCAUAUGCCACAGAUGCCUUGGUUGCCACCCACAUGGUUCUAAAGCCAAAGAUUGUUUCUGAAAAUGACAAGUUCAUUUUCAAAGAUAUAACGUUUUUGAGAGAUGGAUGUAUCAUCCCUCAAUCAUUGUAUGAGACAGUCUUUGAAGCUGGAAGGAAAGGAAAGGGGCCAGUAGAGAAGAGACAGUUUGUUGGCAUCCAGUGGAUCCUUCUGGAGCAUGGACUGUGGAUGGAACUGGAUCCAUUCAAUCUUUCUAGAAGAUGGAGAAUGGACUGCAAUGGAGAAGAAGCAAAGAACCACUGUUGCUGUGCCCGCCACCUCUUGGCCUCUCAGUCCAACUUUUCUGGACAGAAGACAGCUAUUCAAGAGGCGGUGGAAGAGCAUUACUGGGGCGCAGCCAAACGUGUGGCUCGCCUAAACUGCGAUUAUUCUUUCAAGUUGUUAGAAAAGAAUCUUCUGUCUUUCUUGGACAGUGCCUCUCCUGUGGCUGGUUCUCCUUCUAUGAUCAGAAGAUUUUAUAAAAAGACUUGGAGAUAUAUUAAAGCUUACAGCAAGUUUUUAGAUGCUAAGGAUGCUGAUGCUGAGGUGAAGAAAUUCACUUCAAGAAUUAGUAAAUCUUACUGCAGCAGGCAUCCAUGA